UUCAAAGUCUUCUCUCUGCUAGUUCGCUAGCUGCUCUCUGACGCCAGCCCUGCCUUCUCGCCUUCCUUUCGCGAUGGAUUUCGUCGUCAAGAACGAGAUCAUAGAAUCGGUGGAGCCGCCUAAUAUCCGCGAAAUGUCGGUGGUGCCGGCGCCGCUGCAGCGGAACGCGGUUAUCGAUUUGAGCAGCAGUGGCAGCGAUUCCGAAGAGGAGGGCGGCGGGGAAGCUUGGCUUAAGCGAGGCUCCGAGAGGCGACCGGCUAAGAAGUCGCGCUCGGCUGCUAUGGAUUUGCCCCCUGGUUUUCUUGACCCCCUCCCGCAGACGAAGCCGCUGUCCCUACCGCCGCCGGCCACGAAGCCGCAGGCGUCAUUGGUCGGACGCAGACAGUUUUGGAAAGCAGGGGACUUUGAGGAGAUCCAGAACCCUAACUCGCUGACCUCAGCUCUCGGAAUGGAUCAUGUGAGAGUCCACCCAAAGUUUUUACAUUCAAAUGCUACUAGCCACAAGUGGGCACUUGGAGCCUUAGCUGAGCUUUUGGACAAUUCGUUCGAUGAGGUUUGUAAUGGAGCUACAUUUGUGAAUGUUGACAUGCUAAUAAACAAGAAAGAUGGCAGCAAAAUGUUGCUCGUUGAAGAUAAUGGUGGUGGAAUGGACCCUGAUAAAAUGCGACAGUGCAUGUCACUUGGUUAUUCUGUCAAGUGCAAAGUAGUAAACACUAUUGGACAAUAUGGAAAUGGCUUUAAAACAAGUACCAUGCGACUUGGGGCAGACGUUAUUGUGUUUUCUCGUAGUGGUGGAAAAGAAGGAAAAAGACCCACACAGAGCAUUGGUAUGUUGUCUUACACUUUUCUAAAGAACACUGGGAAAGAAGAUAUUGUAGUUCCAAUGCUUGAUUAUGAGAAAGAUCAAUCUUGGAAUAAGAUUGUGAGAUCAAACUUAGCUGAUUGGAAUAAUAAUAUUGACACCAUCAUCCAAUGGUCCCCAUAUUCAAGUGAAACAGAUCUUCUUGAGCAGUUCAGUUACAUAAAAGAUCAAGGAAGUCGAAUUGUUAUAUACAAUCUGUGGGAGGACGACCAAGGGGAGUUGGAACUUGAUUUUGAUGCAGACAGACAUGACAUUCAAAUAAGAGGUGUUAAUCGUGAUGAGAAAAAGAUUGAAAUGGCCCAGAAGUUCCCAAACUCCAGGCAUUUUUUAACAUAUCGGCAUUCAUUAAGGAGUUAUGCCUCAAUUUUAUAUCUCAGGCUUCCAUCCUUCUUCAGAAUGAUAUUGCGUGGCAAAGAUAUUGAACACCACAAUAUUGUGAAUGAUAUGAUGAUGAAGCAAGAGGUCACAUACAGGCCUCAAUCGGUCUCAGCAGUUUUUCCAAAAGAUCCUAAUAUGAUUGCAGUUGUAACUGUUGGUUUUGUGAAGGAUGCAAAGCAUCAUAUGGAUGUUCAGGGGUUCAAUGUCUAUCAUAAGAAUCGGCUGAUAAAGCCUUUCUGGAGGGUGUGGACUGCUGCUGGAAGUGAUGGACGAGGAGUUAUAGGCGUCUUGGAGGCAAAUUUUAUUGAACCAGCACAUGAUAAGCAGGACUUUGAACGCACAACCAUUCUUUCAAGACUUGAAGCAAAACUUGUUCAGAUGCAGAAAUCAUAUUGGGCUACAAACUGUCAUAAGAUCGGUUAUGCUCCCAGGAUUAACAAGAAAAAUAUUGAGUCAGGAGAUAAAGCAGACAGUUCUCCAGAGCCAUCUUCUCAUCAGUUAUCUCAGCAUUCAAAGAAGGCUAAUUCUCCGAAUACUGAUAUUGGAAAAUCUGGUGAUUCACAUAAAAUGGGAUAUAAGUCUAUUUUAAGUGGUAAAACUGGAAAGGCCAAUGAAUCCGGCACCCAAAAGAAGCUAAAUUUUGUCAGUUCGAUAGGCAGCAAGAAGAAAGGCACUAAGAACCUAGAGCUUCAAUCAAGUUCACCUGGAACCCGAGAUGUCAGUGAUGGAAGUGAUUCUGAGACUGAGUGUGUUCCUUUGGAUAAAAUAACACACCAUUCUAGUACUUGCAAGAGCUCUCCUCAAAAAAUCACUGAAAAAACUACAGGUUCAAUUUUGUCUUCAUCCUCCUAUUCUUUCAAAAAUGGAACUCAUGAAAGUCAUACAACCAGCGGAAUUGUCGGAAUUCAACGAAUUACUACUAGAUCGCAAACAAAGUCUGUUGAACGGGUGUUGUCCCCUACCGUCACUGUCCAAAAUGAGCUAAAUAUUGAGAACUCUAUUAUUAAGCAACUAAAAGAUGAAAAUGAGGAACUCAAGAAAAGAAUAAAAAAGAUGGAAGAAUCAGCAUCUCAGGAAUUGCAGGAAGAGAGGGACCGUAAUAAAUCCUUACAGGAGAAGCUGGAAGUAGCAAAACAAAAGUUGGAAGAGGCAAACAAAGAACAAGAUGCUUUGAUUGACGUAUUUGCAGAAGAAAGAAACGGGCGACUAAAAGAAGAAGAGAAUUUGAGAAACAAAUUAAAGGAUGCCUCUCGAACUAUACAAGAGUUGAUGGAGAAGAGGAGCAAGAGUUAAAACAGUCACAAAUGCUAAGAUGCAGACGGCUAACGAUGACUCUAUCUUAUUCUGCACGAGCAUUUCUCAGUAGCUUCAAGACCAACACAGCCGUUCGUCGAGCAACUUACCAACACAACCGUUCGUCGAGCAACUUGUAACUACUAACACAUCAGGAAAGUAGCCAUCGUCGCAGCCUGACUCAGAUGGCCAUUUUCAACACAUCCUGGGGUUCCUUAGUAAUAUUUGUCAUGUAAUUUUCUUUGAACUUAAACAUCAGUAGUACAGUUCCCAACAGAAAAAAGUUUACAAAGUUUGUGUACCAA